AGCCACCAGUUCUCAGAUAUAGGCCACUCUGCAUGUCAUAGGCCAACAUGGAUCCUAGGAAAGAGGAGCUGACCCUGAAGACACUCUUAGUCCAACACCAACAGGUCCUCAGGUGGCUGAGCCCCUUCAUUCUCACCUGCUCCAUCUACUUCCUCGUCUGGAUUCCAGAGGACCAGCCAUCUUUUCUCAGCGCCUUAGUCAAGUGCUUGCCUGUGCUCUGCCUGGCUGUAUUCCUGUGGGCUGUGGCUCCUGGCAGGGCCUACACCUGGCUCCUCCAGGGAGCCCUUGUGUGCUCAGCUGUGGGGGAUGCCUGCCUCAUCUGGCCUGAGACCUUCCUCCACGGCACGGCUGCCUUUGCUGCCGCCCACGUCCUCUACUUCUGGGCCUUCGGCCUCUCUCCCCUGAAGUUGGGCUUGCUGUUGUUCACCAUCGUGGUCUCUGUUGCGUACUACAGCCUCCUCCUGCUACACCUGGAGCCAAACAUGGUUCAACCUGUAGGCGCCUACAGCUUGGUCCUGACCACCAUGCUGUGGCGUGGCAUGGCCCAGGGUGGGAGCGCCAGCUGGGGUGCUCUGCUCUUUGCAUUCUCUGAUGGUGUGCUAGCCUGGGACAACUUUGCUCAGCCCCUGCUUUAUGCCCGCCUGCUGACCAUGACCACCUACUAUGCAGCCCAGGUCCUUAUUGCCCUGUCAGCCCUGAGGAGCCCAGGGCUCAAGAUGCACUGAUGAGGGCCCAAACAGUGUCCAUCUCCAUUCUUCAUAUUCAAAAGCAGCACUACUGACAUCAGUUCCUCACGUGAUUCGGUGGCCACUGACAUCAAGGAGUAAAGCUGCAGAAAGCUGAUUAUUCUCCAUUUGUGUGUGUGUGUUUGUGUGAUAAAAUGCACAUGAUACACAAUUUACCAGCUUAGCCGUUUUCAAGUGUACAGUCCAGUGGUAUUAACAUGCCUGCAGAACAUUGAACCACCACCCCCAUCCAUCUCCAGAACGCUCUUCAUUUUGCAGAACUGAAACCAUACUCAUUAAACAUCAACUCCCUAUCCUCGCUCCUCCUCCUCUGUAAGCUUGACUAUUUUAAGCAUCUCAUAGAAGAGGAAUAAUAUCUAAAGACACAUAGCAUAGCGUCUUCAAGGUUCACUGUGCAGCGUGUAUCAGAAUUUCCUUCCUUUUUAAAGCUGAGCAGUACUCCUUUGUGUGUAUAUACCACAGGUGGCUCGUAUAUUAGUGGAUUAAUGGACACGUGGGUUCCUUCCACAUUCUAGCUGUCAUGAAUAAUGCUGUUAUGACUGAACAUGCAAAUACCUUUUUGAGACCUUGUUUUGAGUUCUUUUGCCUAUGUAUUCAGAAGUGGGAUUGCGUGUGGUAGUCAAUUUUAUUUAUUUAUUUAUUUAUUUUUGGUGGUAUUGGGGUUUGAACUCAGGGCUUCAUGCUUGCCAGGCAGGUGCUCUACCACUUGACCAA